CUUAAAUUGGUGAUGAGGUUCAACUAUUCAAGCUGUUGCCGAUUUCAAAGGAAGUGGUGGUGAAGGGGAAAAGAGCUUGUGAAGAAGUUGAAAGCAUCCUCCGCAGACAUGCCUAAAAUUCUUGCAGAUGAUAACAGGCCAAAGUGGGAUAAUAAAAUACAAUACAUUUUGAGCUGCAUUGGAUUUGCUGUAGGCUUGGGAAAUGUGUGGCGUUUUCCGUACUUGUGCCAAGCCUAUGGAGGAGGGGCAUUCUUAAUCCCAUACUUCAUUGCACUUGUGCUUGUGGGUAUCCCAUUAUUUCAUCUUGAACUGGCCAUAGGGCAGCGCUUGAGAAAAGGCAGCAUUGGAGUAUGGACUGCAAUGUCACCUUACCUGGGAGGAAUUGGUUACAGCUCACUGAUGGUAUCACUAUUAGUGAGUAUGUAUUAUAAUAUGAUUUUGACUUGGGUGCUGUGGUAUUUCAUGAACUCUGUCCAAGUGCCCUUACCAUGGAGUUCUUGCCCACUCAAUGACAACAGAACAGGACCUGUUGAAGAAUGUCAUGAAAGUACUGCUGCCAAUUAUUUUUGGUACAGGAAAACUUUAAAUAUAACUACAGAUAUCACUGAGAGUGGCUCAUUACAAUGGUGGCUUAUUUUGUGCUUGGCUACUUGCUGGACAGUUGUGUACAUCUGUACGAUCCGAGGAAUUGAAUCAACUGGUAAGGCAAUAUAUGUUACUGCCACAUUUCCUUAUGUGGUUCUUACUAUAUUCCUUAUUUAUGGAUUCACUCUCCCAGGAGCCAUUGAAGGGCUAUUCUACCUCAUCACUCCUGAUCUGAACAUACUCAAAAAUCCACGGGUGUGGCUUGAUGCAGCCACCCAGAUUUUCUUCUCUCUUUCUUUAGGAUUUGGGGGACACAUAGCAUACUCUAGCUACAACUCACCAAAAAAUGACUGUGAAGUGGAUGCUAUAAUUAUUGCAGUUGUGAACAGUGCAACAUCUCUGUAUGCUGCGAUCCCUGUAUUUUCAGUUCUGGGAUUUAAGGCAACAAUGGGUUACUGGAAUUGCUUAGAUAGGAAUAUUAAGGACAUCAUCAAUGCAUUUGAUCUGGAAGAGCAAAGUGUCACAAGGGGCAAUUAUACUAUUUGGGUUGAGGCCUUAAUCAGAGCAUCGCCAGAGAAAAUGGCUGACCUCGCACUGAAAAAUUGUGACUUGCACGAAUUCUUUGACCAGAGUGCUUCUGGAGCUGGCUUGGCCUUUAUGGUGUUCACGGAAGCUGUUGUGCAGAUGCCUGGAUCACAGGCUUGGGCACUCUUGUUUUUUAUCAUGCUGUUCACACUGGGUCUGUCCUCCAUGUUUGGAAACAUUCAGAGUAUCUUGACUCCUCUCUUAGAGUUUCCCAUUGUGGCUAAAUCCAUGCCCAAGGAGGCUGUGUCUGGUAUCAUAUGCCUGUUCUGCUUUUUGAUGGGUCUGUGUUUUACCCUGAGAUCAGGGAGCUACUGGCUCGAGGUAUUCGACAGCUAUGCGGGGUCCUUGCCUUUGUUAAUCAUUGCAUUCUUUGAAGUGGUUGGUGUUGCAUAUGUUUACGGAAUUAAAAGGUUCAAUGAUGAUGUGAAAUGGAUGAUAGGGCGGCGACCAAAUUUCUACUGGCAGGUGACAUGGCGAUUUAUCAGCCCUCUGUUAAUGCUCACAGUCUUUGUGGCCUACAUAGUUUUUCAGACACAGAAGCAACCAGGCUAUGGUGCAUGGAACCCAAACUAUGUAGGAAGAUUUUCCAGCAAAAGAGCAGAAAGUGUAUCCAAACUGGGUCUUGGACAUCUGUGUCUUAUUGUCAACCCUACCAUGGAUAUUCAUCCCUAUAGUAGCUAUUUACCAUCUUGUAAGAAACAGCUUGAGGAGGAAGGAGAAGCAAAUGCUACACCCUUGUGACAGCACUGUAGGCAACUGAUCUUGCUUUGUCUGAAGAAUCAAGUCAUGGCAUUCUUUUUAUUUUCAUCACCAUUCCCUCACCCCUUUCAAACACAGUGGGUUAUACACAAAGAUUGCGCUCCAUCCACAGAAGGAUCCCUUCUGUAAAUGGAACCUUUCCUUCCAAUCAAGGAGCAAAAUCUUCAUUUGCAACCCAGUAUUUCCAGUUUUAAGGUAACUGAUUACAACUAAGAUACAACAAGGAAGGCAUUUAUAUGGCACUUUGCAUGUUCUCAUAAUCCUUACCUAGCCUUGUAAAGUCGGUCGAUAUUAUUCUCCAUAUAUUGCAGAUGGGCAGCUGAGAUUGAUGGGAAGUGACUUGUCUAAGAUCACCUAGCUCAUGAUAGAAGUGAGAUUUGGACAAGGGACUUCCCAAUAUCAAGCUCAGUUUCAGUCAAGCUCUUAUAGAUAAGUAGAACUGUGAUUGGUCUGAAGUAACACUGAGGUAGCAAAGUAUGGAUUAUCUACUUGCAAGAACUUUUGCUGAGAUUUUGCCAAUAAUUAUGAUUCCCUUUAUGUCAACUAAUACAUGAUAGUUAUUCCUAGAAAUCAACACAGAACACCACAGAGCAGAAAGGCACUUUUAUUAUUGAUGGAUAAACAUCUAAUCUUAAGUCACCUUUUCUAUUAUUCAGACCACCAAAACAGCAUAGACAAAUUAUCACUGAGAAUAAUACAAUAACCUGAAUUGUUAAUCUUCUUUCCCAAGAAGGACUCAGCCAGGUUUAAUAGAAACUACAUGGGUCCAACACUGAUUAUUAUAAAAGUAAAUACAGCACUGAAUACUCAAAUACAGGCAGGGCCACAGUGACAUUUUAAAGACAACUUAUAGCAGGUUUGAAGGACAGAACACAGAAACCUGCAACCAUAAAUAAUGUUUUAGAUAUAUUUCUAGGACAGAGAGCACAGCAUUGCUGGAUUGUAGAAAAAUAGGCUUUUUUUUUUUUAACUGUUUAGAAUACACACACUCCACAUCUGUUAAACCAAAAAUUUUUAAGGCCCUUUGCGUGUUAAUAAAAUAGUGUCAAAUAAACAUGACUUUGGACUCAA